AUGGCUGUAAACCAGAUGGAGCUGUCGCAAGUGAUGGCAGCCACGUUGUCAUCUGAUUAUCAUAUUCGGCGACAAGCUGAAGAGAAGCUCACGCAGGCCGAGUCCGCGGGGGGUGUCCUCACAUCCUCAUUGCUACAGCUAGUAGCUAAUGGUAAUGAACAACUACCCGUGCGUUUGGCAAGCAGUAUAUACUUCAAGAAUUUCAUCAAAUCUCACUGGCCGGAGUCCCCUGAUGAGAAUGGAGGGAUCUCGGAAGAAAACCGCAACCUUAUAAAAUCACAUCUCGUUGAUCUGAUGCUAUCUGUACCAGCACCUCUCAUGGCCCAGCUUCGAGAGAGUAUCAAAAUCAUCAGCGAUCUUGAUUUCCCUGCUGGCUGGCCUACGCUGCUGCCCACUCUUGUACAGCGGUUGACAAGUAGUGGUGAUCUCAAUGAUGGUGUUCAGUUCGGAGCCUUAGAGACUGCAGCUACUGUGUUCGAUAAGUACCGAUACUUAGUGAGAUCCAACGAGGUCCUCAGGGAGUUACAGUAUAUCUUAAAGGAGUUUCAAGAGGUUCAUCUAGCUCUCUAUAGGCAGACAAUGCAAGAGAUAUUCUCGCCUGCACUUAAGGACGCAAGUCAAGCAACAAAGGCCAGUAAGUUAGCCAAACUCCUCGUUGUCGAGCUUGAAAUAUUUUACGACCUCAAUGUUGUCGACAUUCCGGAGUAUUACGAAGACAACUCCGCCACUUGGUUCGAGGGGUUUCUGCGCUUAUUGGAAUGGCAGGAUGCCCCAGCUGCCCUCAAAGCAGUAGACGAGGACACCCCUGGAGCCAUCGAGAACCUCAAAGCCCAAGUGUGCAGGAAUGUUGCUCUGUAUGCCGAUAAGUACCAGGAGCAAGUGGAACCGUAUAUCUGUGGCGUAGUGAAGUCGGUGUGGACCUUGCUAGUUUCAACGAGUCCUAAUGGGAGUAACGACCAGCUGGUAUCAGCAGGUAUAAAACUGCUCUCAAGUGCGGCUAGUACCAAAUGGGAUAAAAGUCCCUUUGAGGAGGCGAAUUCCCUUCAAGCUAUCUGUGAACACGUUGUUCUCCCUAAUAUCAAGCUUAGAGACUCUGAUGUUGAAGACUUCUUCGACAAUCCUACAGAAUAUAUAAGAAGGGACAUGGAGAGUGCAGAUCAAGAUACCCGUCGUCGAGCGGCAAUGGAGUUAGUGAAGGGACUUAGCAAGUUGUAUGAGCAGCAGGUGACGGAUAUCCUGGUCCGGUACGUCCAAAUGCUGUUGCAAUCGGUCGGAUCUUCAUCAACGGAGGAUGCCUGGAGAGCUAGGGAUGCUUGUGUGUACUUGAUUAUUGCAACUGCGGCUAAGGCCCAAACGAGGAGUAAAGGAGUCUCGAUAGUGAACUCAGCUGUGGAUGUACCAGCCUUCUUUGAACAGCAGUUGAUGCCUGAGCUCUCGCAAGCAAUACCAUCGGAUAGGGAGCCCAGUCGGGCAGUCUUCAGAGCUAGCAUCCUCAAGUAUAUAGCAGUAUUCCGACACCACCUUCCCAUUGAACAACUUAAUCGGGCCCUACCGCUUGUUGCGAACCAUAUCCAAACACCCGUGACUAUACUACCAACGGUCGGACCUUGUCUUCAAAUAUUGGCUACAGAUAACACACGGUCUGCAUAUGAGAUGAAGCUUGUUAUGCGUAAGGGAUGCUAUCUCAUUUGCUACUUAUGUGUCGAGCUUAUGACUCACAUACUGCGUGCGGUGGCCGCAAAUCCUAGUGAUGCCGUUUUCAAUCACUAUCUCUUUGAAGCCAUUGCUUCUAUUGUGCGUACUGUGCUACAAUUCGCUCCUGCCCAACAUGGCGAGGUGGAGUCGGCGUUGUUACCGGUCAUCAGCUCUAUCCUGGAACAGAAUGUGGCGGACUUCAUUCCGUAUUGCUUUCAAAUACUCGGAUUGCUUCUGGACUCUGGAGACAGCUCCACGUCAGCGGCAGGGCCACAGAUAUACGGUGCCCUGUUCGACCGGUUGCUGACUGAUAGUCUGUGGAGGACUGCUGCUAACGUACCGGGCUUGGUGAGGCUCUUCAGCUCGUACUUCAAGAAGAAUGCUCAGUUUGGUGAGCAAAUAACACGUAACAUGCAGACAAUCCUCCAACGCUUCCAAUAUGUCCUCAACCAUCGGAAGAUCGAGAUGCAGGCGUUUGACCUCAUUGUAUCAAUGUUCCGAUACCUACCGCUUGCUGCCUAUAAAGAUUCCUUGGCCGGUAUAUUGACCGUGUUUUUGACGAAGUUGCAGAAGAAGAACACGGCUGCUUUAACUAGGAAAUUCGCGAUAACUCUGAGUGUGUUCGUAUACUGUGUUCCAGAUGGUCCUAAGGUAUUGCUUACAACCCUGGAACAGAUACAAGCUGGACUAUCUGUUAUGGUUGUGAAGUCAUUGUGGAUGUCAGCAUUCAAGGGGAAUAUGGGUGGCAAAGAGAACAAGAAGGUUUGCCUACUUUCUGCGGCUAAGUUCGUGAGUGACCCUACCGUCCAGAGCAAUGGAGAGAUAAUGCAUGCCGUUCUAAUGGGAAUAUCUGAACUGCUGGGUUUGAACGAGAGAGAGCAACAGCCAGGGAAUUCAUUGCUUAACCCUAAGCUUAAUGAUGAGGAUGAUGAUUAUGAAGAUGACGAUGCUGAAGAUCGAGAAUACGCAGUUACCUUUGCACGCCUUCACUCGACCGAGAUGCCCGGCCAUGCUGACUAUGCCCCAUCAGUAACCGACGUCCCGGGUAGUGUUAAACAGGCCUUGCGUGGCAUUGAUGGCCGGUUCCUCGCCAAUCCACCACAAGAGCUGGCGCGUCUCAGCACAUGGGUGAGGACCUAAGUAUCAGAGCUCGUGUUUGCAACGAUAUACUGGAAUUUUCACCGUC